GUCAGGAACGCAGCUGAAUUUGCUUUCGUUAAGGAAGCGCGUGAGGUCACUGGAUGAUUAUUGAGUUGUUGCAGAAACAGUCAACACUGGACUUUAAUGCGCAAAUGAAAGGAAAAUGAGUGAGAAUAAAGAAACCGAAUGCUUGUGUUUCUAUGUCAACGGUAAAAAGGUAAAUAAUUGACUGUAUUAUUGUGUUGUGCAUUAGCUGUACGUUGGUUUAAGUUGUAGCACUUUGCCUAACUUUAGCCUACUACCUACCGUUCCUCUACAAAACUGUCUGCUAAUGUUAUUGUUGACCAAUGAUUACUUCCCGUCGUCUGUGUUUGUACCAAAUAUACUGGAUGUAGGCCUCAGGCCUGCUCUCUAAGAAUGACCGAAAAACUGAAAACAAUGCAGACCCAGAGAGGAGAGGGGUGUAUGCUUUCCUUGCUGACAAAAAUAUAGAUCAGACGUGAGGCACAUAAAUUAAAUGAACUAUUUACAUUGAUAUUAAUGAUAUAGUGUACCAUUUAUUUGAGUAAUUAUGAUUAUAUUCUGAUGAAUAUUUAUCCUAAAGAAAAACAGAUAGAUGUUGUGUAGCCUAUAGCCAACUGAAUGUGCAGUCAGUAGCUUAUAGAAAUCCACACUUUAUGGUUAGCCUAGAGUGAAGCUCUGAUUUUGUAAGUGUUUUUUGUCCUCCCUCCCCCAAGCAGGUCCAGAGUUUGAGGUGUGACAAUAAUGUUAUGGCCUAUCAGAGAGUUCCAUGGCAUGUCACUGUGAGUGUGCACUUUCCUUUGAUUAGGAUUGGCUGCAUAAUAAAUCCGUUAAAAUCAUUGGUUUGUGGAAAAAUGGAUACUGAUAGAUUGUCUAGCCUAAGCAGAGUGUCUCCUCAGUUGGUAACGUUGUAGGUUUAAUUUCUGCAUUGAUCACAUACUGAAAAUGUAUCCAUCGAUCACUCGCUGUACUUUAAAUCACAUUGGAUAAAAAAAAAUGUCUGCUAAGUGGCAUAUACUAUUAUAUUCCUUGACGGUGCCUGACCCAGUAGGUCGGCCUAUCAUGCACCGCGCAGCCUUCUGCCAGGCUACUGGAGAGGCUGUUUACCGUGAUGACAUCCCCAAGACGGACAAAGAGCUCCACCUGGUCCUGGUCACCAGCACCAGACCACACUCUAACAUCCUGACUGGUCGGGCCGUGCGUUGUGUUCGGGAGAGAGGAGAGGAAAUACUGAUCACUGGGGCCCGCCAACCUGUCCUGGGCAAACACCAGGUGGGCUUUAUGAACGAUGGGAGGCUAAUGGCUGCUGACCUACAAUAUUAUGCCAACUCUGGAAACACUGCAGAUGAGUCUUUGUUGAUUCGUGAGAUAAACAUGUACAAGGAGGUGUCCCUGACACAUUACAAGUUUGAGUUUGAUCCUAAGAACCUCCUGCGUUGCUGGGGACGAAUGUAGGGACAAGUCUGACUACUGCAGCAGACGGAAAUCCAUCGCCAGGUUUAACCAGCAGAACCGCUGGAAGAAGAGAGGCAUGGCCACGAUACCCAUUAAGCUGCAUCUCUGGUACACAUCUACAAGGAUGGUUCUGUUGUAGUCAGUCAUGGUGGAACAGAGAUGGGCCAGGGAAUACACCCUAAAAUGCAACAGGAAGGUGGCGAGUACAGAGCUGCACAUCCCCGCCUCUCUCAUCCACAUCACAGAGACCAACACCAGUGCUGUGCCCAACACCUGCCCCUCCGCCGCCUCCUUUGGCAAGGAUGCCAAUGGCAUGGCCUGUGAAGGAUGCCUGUGAGACCUUGUUCCAAAGACUGGAACCUGUCAGGAAACUGAACCCAGAAGGCACAUGGCAGACCUGGCAGGAGGGUCAGCCGUGUGCCUACUACACCUACGGUGCCCGCUGCAGUGAGGUGGAGGUCGACUGUCUCACUGGAGACUACUGGACUGUGAAGACAGACAUUGUUAUGGAUAUUGGAAGGAGCAUCAACCCAUCUGUAGACAUUGGCCAGAUUGAGGGCAUGCAGGGUUUGGGUCUGUACACCAUGGAGGAGCUGAAGUUCUCUCCCUCGGGGGUGUUGUAUACACGUGGCCCGUCCCAGUACAAGAUCCCCGCUGUCUGUGACAUACCACUGCAGUUCAACGUCUACCUGCUUUCAGGCUCUGACAACCCACAUGCCAUCUACUCAUCUAAGGGCAUCGGAAAGCCAGUGCAGUUCCUGGGUAGAACUGUGAUCUUCGCCAUUAAAGAGGCGGUGGCAGCAGCCCGGGUAGAGGCUGGUAUAGUGGGGCCCUUUACCCUGGACAGCCCUGCUACCCCAGAGAGGACCUGUCUGGCCUGUAACACCCCCUUUACUCAGAAGAUUCCAGCCAGCAAACCAGGAUCAUUCCAACCAUAGCUUUUGAAUAUUCCCUGAAUUAAAAUAACAUUAUCAUUUGUCAAUCAAUGAGGUAUUGAUCACUGCCAUAAGGAAUAAUACCUAAUCAUAAAAUGUUACUAAAAUAGUAAUUCUAUAUUUAGCUGAAUAAGGAUAAAUAACACUGACUGCACUACUUUAAAUAUCAAAUUACAGAAUAAGCCUACACUUUUGCUGUCAACCUAUACUUUGCUUAAAAAAAAACAAGUUUGUCUCAAAUAAAAUUGGAUGUAAAAGGUAGGGUUGUCCAAUUGUGUGUCCACCCUGUGAAUCCGUCCAAUGUCAUGUAUGCCUUAUUUC